GAAGAAAGAAAAUAAAAAAUAAAAUGUGAGAGUCAUAGUGAGCGGCAGGGUUUUGGCAGGGCUUCUAUGCCGUUUAGAUCGGGAUCUCGCCGGCGGUCCGCCCGGCUGCUAGAUCCACCCGGCGUGCCAGACCUCAUCAGCGCCCUCCCCGAUGAGCUCCUCCUCCUCAUCCUCGCCCUCCUCCCCUGCGCCGGCGCCGCCGCGCGCACCGGCGUCCUAUCCCGCCGUUGGCGCGGCCUCUGGGCCCGCCUUCGCCAGAUCGUCUUCAGCGGCGUGCCCUACCCCUCGCUCGAGGCGGCGCUCGGCCAGGUCCCUCUCCCCCCGCCCGCGGUUUCCCUCCUCCAGAUCGGCGUCUACUCGCAGCCGCACGCGCGCGUCCCCAGCGCCUACCGGAGAGACAGCCCCCGUGCCAGCUCGCUGCUCCGCGCCGCCGCGCGGCUCGAGCCGGAGAAGCUCGUCUUCGUCCUCCCCCCGGAGUUCCGUCGCCUCGUCCUCUUCCUGCCUACCUUCCGCCGCGCCACAUCAAUUGUGCUGGACGUUUCCUCCGUCAUCUGCCCGGUGCCAGCCGGCGCCGAGUUCCCCGCGCUCGAGACGCUGUCCCUGUCGAAUUGUGGUGCCAACCUCGACGCAUUGCUCCCCUGCUGCCCGCGUUUGCGCACGCUCCGCCUUAUCUCGUCGUUUUUCGAUGAGGGCAGCCUGAGGGUGAACUCGCCGUCGCUGCAGGAGCUUGUCGUGCACCACAAUGCCAGCUGGGCACAAGAUAUCGUUGCUGUCAACAUUGUUGCUCCCGCGCUGAAGCAAUUUACCAUGUCCUUCAUGACCUGGUGGGUCGACGUCUCUGUCUUGGCACCGAUGGUGGAGAAAGUUUCAUGGGACUGCCACCACCGUGUGGGUAUUCAUUUUUGCCUUUGGAUAAUCAGGGACCUGCUGCUACAGACGGCAGAGGGAGAAGGGCAGCUAACCUCGCUCCACAUUCAUGCGUGCGCUGACUCAAGUAAUAUUUACCGAGAUCCGGCCAAGUUUACGCAGGAGAUAGAGAAGCACAUGGUUGCUGCGUUUUCUGUUUUGGAGCUACAUCUCAAAACCAGGGGGCAUGCUUUUGGAGAACUUGUGUUUCAUCUCCUUGGGAUAAAUCAAAUUCGUCGUGUGCGGAUGCUUAAGAUCUUCAUAGCAGCAGUUAAAGUGAAAGAUUUUCCAUUUCAUUGUCUUAGUGAAUCUCCUAUCUCCUUGCCUGCUCUCGAAGAAGUAGAGUUCAAUGGCUUCGAAGGACAGGAUCAUGAGUUCGAUCUGAUAAAAUUUAUACUUAGAUCUGCACCGGUGCUAAAAAGAAUGACAGUGAAGCUGUCAGAGGAGGCCUCGGCAAGUAAUGAUGGAUGCUCAAAGAUAUACAACAUCUUCAAGGCGUAUUCUUCUGUAGACUGCGAUGUUUAUCACAGCUCUGGGUUAAUGUACGGCAGCCAAAAUUGCCCAUUGACAUAAUUCUCAUCGUCGUGUCUGUGUACUCCUGGUGCGCAUCGACAAGAUCAUCCUUUCCCAUGCUGACCAACAGCAACUCCAUGACCUGGUCACAGGACUUUGCUUGGUUGCUUGAACUGAUCAUCGGACAUGUUCUUUGCCAGUGUACUGUAACUACUUAAUUAUAUAUAAGGUGCUCAGUUAAGCCUUCAA